AUGUCUUCCAUUGUCAACAAAGUCAAGGACGCUCUCCACUCCGACAAGGACAAGACUACACACCAGGAGGGAACUCACUCGUCGACACAUCCCACAGGCACUCACACCACCACCGGUACUGCUGAGCCACGCAUUCACUCCACACAUGAUACCACUACGACUGGUGGCCUAGGUGGUGCGACGGGAACUCAUAAUACCGUUGGCGGCACUGACAACUACACCUAUGGCACUGGCGCCAACCGUGGCGCUUCCGGCCCUGCUUCCAAGACCGAUGGUCCUCACAACUCUAAUCUCAUGAACAAGGCUGAUCCUCGUGUCGACUCAGACCGCGAUCACAGCAAAAACAUGGGAAUGAACCCUCAGGGCAGUGCCACCACCGGUACCGGUGCUGGUGCUGUCAAGGACCAUCCUGGCCACACUGUCCGCGGUGAUGAAGCUGGCUUCGCUGGAACAACUACCGGAACUGGUAUUGGUGGUGCCCAGCAUCACAGUGGUGUCGCCGGCACUACUGGAUCUUCUACCUUUGGCAACACAGGUCUGAACCGCGGCCCUGGCGGUCCCGCCACUCAUACCGACGGUCCUCACAACUCCAACCUCAUGAACAAGACCGAUCCUCGUGUGGACUCUGACCGCGACCACAGCCGCAACAUGGGUGUUAACCCUCACGGAACUGCCAGCACCGGCAUGACGGGUACCACUGGCACAACCGGCACAACUGGUGCCUUUGGCUCACAUGGAACUCACACUCAUGGCACCACUGGCACCGGCACCGGCGACAAUGCUGCCUUCUUUACCAGUGGUGCUACUGGCGCUACCGGUGUCAACCGCGGCGUUGAUGGUCCGGCAACCCGCACCGAUGGCCCUCAUAACUCCAAUCUCUUGAACAAGACCGAUCCUCGUGUUGACUCUGACCGAGACCACAGCCGAAACCUGGGUGCUAACCCUCAUGGAACAGCGACCACUGGCACUACUGGCACCACCGGUAUGACAGGCAUGACUGGUACCUCCGGCACCCAUGGCACUCACACCGGCACUCAUGGUGCUGCUGUUGGAACAACUGGUAUUGCUGGCUCUCAUGGCACUCACACUAGUACCCAUGGCACUCAUACCGGCACUACUGGAACAACGGGCACUCACGGCACUCACGGCACUCACAACACGCUUGCUGGCGCCACUGGCUCCGGCCCCGGCCCAGCUCCCAACACUGCCGGCCCUCACAAGUCCGACAUGAUGAACAAGGUCGAUCCUCGAGUCGACAGCAACCUAGACGGCAGCAAGACCGUUGGCGGUGACAAGACGAGCGAGUCUAUGGCACACAAGGAUCCUACAGAUGCGGCGCAGGUUCCACCUUCAGUUUUGCAGAAGCAUAUUGGUACUCCGUCGGUUGAGCAUGCUGAUGAAGGGCACGACCGAGCUAAGAGACAUAGCAUCUCACACCAGGAGCAGCACCGCGGUUUGUAA